UUUCUUAGCCUUUUGUUUUCUUUUUCACCUGUGAUGUAUCUCUAGUAGGCUGUCGCAAUGGGCAGUAUGUGUGAAGUUGCUGUUUCCCCAAGGAUGUCUGGGGGUUAGAUGGAGCAAAGGUCCUUCUCUGCCAUACAAACACUUCCUAUCCCUGUGACUGCAGGAUCAUGGUAACCAAACUGGAAGCCACAGUGUAUUGGAUUUUUGAGACCCCAGUCUAGCACCAGGCAGCAAAGUCAUUGUUCAGCUGGUGGCUGCACUUUGCUCCCUAAACAAGUUUAGAGUGGGACAACCUGGAAAAUGUUUGACAUAGAUUUCACUGUGAUGUGCUGAUUUUGGAGACUGGCGUCCUCUAGAAGUGUGUUCAUGUCUACACCACAGCGGGUUAUCUCUCUAUGCAGUCUGUCUCUCUGACCCUUGUAAAUAUUUAUUCAGCACAAAUAGUUGGCGGCUGAGGUCCUGAACAGGGGAAGAAUGGCUGCUACAAAGUUGAAGAUUAAGUGGGAAAAAUCCUCAACUCGAUGUCAGGGAAGUGAUGGCAUUCAUGGCCGUGAGCAGCGUUACUGAGAAGCGAAUGCCAAUAGUAACAUUGUCUGUGGUAAAGGAAGAGCAUAUAAAUGUCGUUAUUUUCAUUUAUUGGCAGAUGUUAAUUGUUUUAAAAAACCUGUGCAGCUUUUUCCCAAAGCAGAGAAUGGAGUCAUAGAACAUUUCAGGGAAGAAGGGACGUUGAGAGGUGCAGCCCAACCCCCCAGCUCAAGGCAGGGUCAGCUUGGAGGGUCAGGCUGGAUUACUCAGGGCUUUGGCUUUGAGAGCAAACCCCUGAGGAUGGAGCCUGCCCAGCCUGUCUGGGCAGGCUGCUCCAGUGUUGCACUCUCCUGGUCACAGGAAAGCUUUUCCUUCUAUGCUGUUGGGACCACUCCUGUUUUGAUUUAUGCUUGUCUGUCUCUCACUCCCACCACUCCCCACUCUGAAAAACCUGGCUCUCCACAGAAAAUCCCCUUACCUCACCCUGUCCUCCCUGUCUGGUUUUUGUGAAGAGGUUGUGUCAAUCCACUGCAGUCCUCCAGCUUUCUCACCUCUUGACUGCAUGCAGAACUCUGGCUCUUCCUUUUCCUUGAUAUCUUCCUAAUUUCAGAAAGAUCCAAUCUCUUAACUUUCUAUCUAAGUGUCUUUUUUUGGCUAUAAAUUCUUAAUUCUGAUUUUGGAGUCUCCUGUGUUUGGGUAUAUUUCAGUGUUAGGUGCUUCUGGCUUGUUGCACUUGCACUGGCUGUUCACACAAGCUGUCUCUCUGAGCCCCCAGGGGAAAAGAAUCUUAGUUUUUAAUUUUAGCUUCUUCAGCUACCUGCUGACAGAGUUUGAUUUCCACCUUCCACCUCCUCUUCUCCCUUCUGAGCCCUCUGUCUAAGCAAGAAAAACUGAGAUCCAGAGUCAGUCUCGGGCAGCUCUUCCUUUGGCAACAGCUCUGCAGUCUUUAAAUGGGAACCAACCUGGAUAUAAUUUACUUGGAGUAAGCAGUGAGAAGACAAUCUGAGCCCUGUUCAUAGCCACCUUAAAUUUCAGGCUUGUGGUGGAAUCAAUGCUGUCUAACUGGCUGGACUCCAAAGCCAUUUAAUGUAGGUGCAAGCAGGCAUCAUGUUCCGGAAGAAGAAGAAGAAACGCCCGGAGAUCUCGGCCCCGCAAAACUUUGAGCACCGUGUCCACACCUCAUUUGACCCCAAGGAGGGCAAAUUUGUGGGCCUGCCACCACAAUGGCAGAAUAUUCUGGACACUCUGAGGCGCCCCAAGCCAGUGGUAGACCCUUCGAGGAUCACAAGAAUGCAGCUCCAGCCUAUGAAGACUGUGGUGCGGGGCAGCACCGUGGAAGUGGAAGGCUACAUCUCUGGCUUGCUCAAUGACAUCCAGAAGCUUUCUGCCAUCAGCUCAAACACUCUGAGGGGCAGGAGCCCCACCAGCAGGAGGAGAGCCCAGUCCCUUGGGCUCCUGGGAGACGAGAGACCCCCAGACAUGUACCUUCAGAGUCCUGAAGGAGACUGGGCAGACAAGUAUGGGAACUACCUCAACUGCAACGGCGGGUCCAAGGUGGCCCGGAGGCAGACCAUGUGGCCGGAUUACAAAUCCCGCUCGGAAGGGCAGUCUCAUCCCAACGGGAUGGUGACAAAAGCCCAGUCCCUGGGGCCGUCAGAGUUCCAGGGCACUGAUGGCAGCUGUCUGCAGCGUGCCUCUGGGCUGAACGAGAGCGAGACGGCGAUGAAGAGCCCGGAGGAGGGCUGGCAUCAGCGACAGCCCAACGCCAGGCCCUCGGGGGAGGGCAGCCCCGGCUCCAAAUCGCGGGAGAACAGCCUGAAGAGGAGGCUCUUGCGCAGCGUGUUCCCCUCCUCCAGCACCUCAAACAAGCCAGGCCCUCCAGUGCAGGUCAAGCCUAAUGCUUUCUUCAAGCCCCAGCAGUGGGGUUCCCCCCACAGCCCUGCAGCCAAAGCCCAGUCUCUCCCCCCAGACCAACCUGCCUCCGAGUUCCCCAGGAUGAUCUCCGAAGCUGGGACCCCCCAGAAGUCCCCAACAGCAGAGAAGGCUGUGGCAGUGCCCCCUGGCCGGCCCUCCCCGGCGGGGUCCCCCAGGAACCGGCAGACCCAGACCAGUUCCAGCAACCUCCACCUGCCCCAGGACUCUGCUGGGAAGGGGCAGCCAACCAGCGAGGACCCUGUGGUUGUGACCCACGAGCAGUUCAAAGCAGCCCUCAGGAUGGUUGUGGACCAGGGAGAUCCCAGGACAUUGCUGGAGAAUUACAUCAAGAUUGGGGAAGGCUCCACAGGAAUCGUGUGCAUCGCUCGGGAGAAGCACUCGGGGCGCCAGGUGGCCGUGAAAAUGAUGGAUCUGAGGAAGCAGCAGCGCAGGGAGCUCCUCUUCAAUGAGGUGGUGAUAAUGAGGGACUAUCAACACGUCAACGUCGUGGAGAUGUACAAGAGCUACCUGGUGGGAGAGGAGCUCUGGGUGCUGAUGGAGUUCCUGCAGGGAGGAGCCCUCACAGACAUCGUGUCUCAGAUCAGGCUGAACGAGGAGCAGAUUGCCACAGUGUGUGAGUCGGUGCUGCAGGCUCUGUCCUAUCUCCACUCUCAGGGCGUCAUUCACCGAGACAUCAAGAGCGACUCCAUUCUUCUGACCUUGGAUGGCAGGGUCAAACUCUCUGAUUUUGGCUUCUGUGCUCAGAUCAGUAAAGAUGUACCUAAAAGAAAAUCCCUGGUAGGUACUCCUUAUUGGAUGGCUCCAGAAGUCAUUGCAAGGAUACCAUACACCACUGAGGUGGAUAUCUGGUCCCUGGGGAUCAUGGUGAUAGAGAUGGUAGAUGGAGAACCUCCCUACUUCAGUGACUCUCCAGUCCAGGCAAUGAAGAGGCUCCGUGACAGCCCUCCUCCCAAACUGAAAAACUUCCACAGGACCUCCCCAGUUCUGAGAGACUUCUUGGAAAGGAUGUUGACACGGGAUCCAUUGGAAAGAGCAACGGCACAAGAACUUCUGGAUCACCCCUUUUUGCUCCAGACAGGACUUCCAGAGUGCUUGGUGCCCCUUAUCCAACAGUACAGGAAGCGCACCUCCACCUGCUGACUUGAUGUGGGGGGAAACUGUAAUAUAUUCUAAAUAUAUUUAAAAAUAUAUUUAGAAAAAAAUUAAGAGCCUGGGCAGUCUCGACCUGUGAAUGGUGCUUGGAACUUGCCAGUUAUUGUUUUGGAGGACGAAUGUGGAUCCUCUCCGUGCAUCCUCAGCCUCCUGUGGCUUCUCCUUUGCUGAAGACAAUCAAUACAGACGAGGUGUGAGUGAGACCAAGUCUGUCUCAAGGAUAAAGCGGGUAUUCCACAGCUUGCGGGUCACUGCUGCCGAAGAAUGGCAUUUGGAAGUGGAGUCUGAAGUUGUGUAUCUGAAUGUCUGUGGGUUUCUGCACACCCUGGCUGCUGACUACUGAGCUGGAACGAUAUUUCCCACUUAAAAAUGUGAUCUUUGUUUCCUUCAUUGUACACUGGAGCCAUGAGCUGACUCACUUUGGGGCACAGACACCUUGAAACUCUCAAUGCACAAUGACUUUUUUUUUUUCCUCUGAGACCUUUUCACAGAUGAUUUUAAUUUCCUUUGGUUAAACACGGACCUAGAAACUUGCACACAAUUCCUUAGGGAGCAGAUGUGAUAUGUAUAUAUUUGUUUCUAAGUGGCUCUCUUGCAUCAACAUGCUUCUCUUUUGCUGCAGAAUAUGUAUGGUUUAGUGGUCAAUCUUGAAUCCAUUUCAUGAUUUUAAACUUUUGUAGGGGGAAACCCUUGGAUAUGGGCCUCAAAGUGGACUCUGUGAAGACCAGGUGAUCUUACCACCAGAAUCUUAUGGUUGAAAAUUCAUCGUUUGCAACACCUUGUGUGCUGGUUGGAAUGUAAACAGUGUGUUCCUGUGUCUGGUCUCCAGGGACCUUGCUUUCUCAGUCCUUUCUCCCGGGAGAGGCUGAGAAGUGCUGCUCUGGGGCAGUUAUUGGGUAGCAUUUUGGGGAUGCUGUAGGAGACCAAAUUGAAAUAUUUGAGCUAUCCUGCACAUCCCAGGAUUGAUUUUUGUGUUUGUGUGCUGCUGUCUGGCUGUUGGUCUGCCCCUCCCCGUCAGCCCUUUACAUCUGGAAGGUUUCUGGUUGUCUAAACAGCUCUUUCAGUGAUUUUAACAUAGUUUUAGGUAUUUUGGUAUGCUGCACUUCUCUGAUCAGUGAGAUCCUCAAGGUAAUUGGACUCUAGGUCGGGAUUAACAUUGUACAGUGAUGGUGUGUGUUGUUGUGAGGUCUCAAGAAUAUAUUCGUACAUGUGGAACUGGGAUCUUGUUUUGAAACUCCAGAUACCAAGGUUUUGGACUUUUAGUUAUUCUCAGGACAGUCCUGCUGUCUCAGAAACUGACCUCAGAACUGCGUGUUCUUCAGAAGAUGUUCAUAACCUCUGUCCUCUGCUAUUUGCUCCAGCUACAGAUCCUGCUUCAAAACUGAAGCCACGGUCGAUUACUUGAAGUCAUUUGGGCUGGAAUUCAUCUGCACUGCUGCCAGCCAUCAAAAGGGUGGGCACCCAGUCUGCAGAUCGUGUAGGUUGGCUCUGUAGCCCAUGGGGAGAGGAACACCCCUGGGGGAAAACUCCGGAAGUGAUUCAUCCCCUUGGUUCAGACACCUGCUGAAGGACAAAAUCGCUCUCUCUCUCACCCACAGCAGGCAGAGAGGUCGUAGGGGGUUUCUGUAGACUAGAUACCGAAGUUUGGGACUGAUGGAGUUGGUUGAAACGAAUUCAUUAAGCUCCUCGUUAGCUGCACUGGAAAAUUUUUGAUGUAAAAUGUUUCUGUAUUCCAGAUAUAUUGCUUUUUUUAAUGCAAA